GAAGCCACAGCCUGUCAUGUCCACCAGGAAUAAGACCAACUUCACCUUUAAUGUGCUGGUGUGGAGGAUUGUGGGAGUGGACUGGCCCACACGUGAUUAAAAUCCGGCGGAGUGCUGCUGGUGUGUCGGUGAGGAGGGAGACGAAGAUGGAGAGCGUGUCUGUCAGCGAAAUACAUUUAGUGGACUAAAAAAGCAACUGAUUAUGUUAUUGAGCUCCACCAUCUCCAGGAGAGGCGCGAUGAACGGCGGUAACCAUGGAUCCUCGUCUUCGCUUUGGCGUUUCGAGCCGUGCAGCAAGAUGAUCGCGAGAAUUCUGAAUGAAGAAAACAAAGAGGUGAACCAUUAGCUGACCUAACCUCUCUCUGACUCCUCGACCUGUCAGUCUCACACCUCCAGACCUGCAGGGGAAGCACAGCCGCUGAUAAUCACCUGAUGCAACACUUUCAGGAACUGUCAGCGUGAGGAAAUACUUGGCUGUCACAAACCAGAGGUGUCACCAGCUGCAGUGCAACUUAAAAAAGUCAGACUGCAAUUACUGGAGGAGCAUGGGACGUGGAGUUCAAAGCAGUGAGUUGUCUCCUGGAAGUCAGACCCCCAGGAUCAAAUGAGUAGCAGUGGAUUCGGCAGCAGCUCCAGCUUGCUCCAGGGCCGGCGUUUCUACUGCCGGGAAUGGGCCCUGGACAAGCUGCGGCGCUGCCUGGACACCCGCUCUGUGCCGGGGCAGCUGCCCGGUUUGCUAGUGACUGGGGGCCCCGGCGCUGGGAAGACAGCGCUGUGCACUGAGGUGGUGUGGCCCACCUCGAAGGCAGGGCUGGCAGUCGGGCUGGCACCGCGCUGCCUGGCUUCUCACUUCUGCCAGCGGGAGGAUCAGAGGAGUACGGUGCUGUGGAGGUUCGUCCUGGGCCUGGUGGAGCAGCUGAGGGCCUCUCCUCUCCUGCCACCUCAGUAUGAGGAGACCCUCAACAGCCCGUCUGUGUCCUCUGCUCUGGAGCCUCUCACCUGUCAAAGAGACCCUGACGACACCUUCAAGAGAGCAGUGCUGGGACCCCUGUUAGACCUUCCUCCACCCGCCCAGACCCUCAUGGUGCUGGUAGACUCCCUGGAUACAGGAGGUGGGAAGAGCGGAUCCAUUGCGGAGCUCCUUGCUGCCAAUCAACAUCUGCUGCCCGGCUGGCUGCUGCUGGUCUGCUCCGUGCGCCGCCACAACAAAGCUGUGUGCAAGAUGUUUUCAGGUUUUCGUAGGCUCUGUCUGGAUGAUCUGCGCAAGCCCCCACCAGUUCGUGACGUCCAGCAGUACAUCCUCUGCCGGCUGGAUGAAGACGCGACGCUUCGCCGUCAGCUCACCCCCGACACAGCUGACAUGCUCAAUCUUCUGCACAUUAAAAGUGGUGGCUGUUUCCUCUUCCUCGAGCGUGUCCUGGAUGGUGUGGCAGCUUCACUGGUGGGUCUCCGGGAGAUCCGGGACAUCCCGGGGACUCUGAAUGGCCUCUACCUGUGGCUGUGCCAGAGACUGUUCCCCCGGGGGCUCUUCGUCUAUGUGAGGCCUCUCCUCAACGUCCUCCUGGCUGCUCCGAGGCCCCUCCCGCCCCAGCAGCUGUUCACGGCAGCCUGGACACAUGACAACUUGCUCAGCCAACAGGACUUUCAGAACAAGCUUCGAACCCUCGCACCUCUCCUGAUCGAUGGCCCUGGGGACACCAAACUACUCUUCCAUGCCAGUUUUGCUGAGUGGCUGAUGGAUGUAAAGUAUUGCACACAGAGAUAUCUCUGCAGCAGAGCAGAGGGUCACAGCAUGCUCGCCAUGGCUCUGACUUUGCAGGGACCCCACCUGGACAAUGAGGACACUUGCCAGCUAGCCACACAUUUAGUUUGUUCAGGUCACCAUAAAGAUAACCCCUCAUUAUUGGCACUGUGGAUGCUGUGGGCAGAUGUGUCUGCUCUUACUCCUAGCACCACAUCCGUAACCCAGCCUCCUGUUCUGGUCAGUCAGGAAGUCCAUCAGCUGUUAAUGAAGAGUGGGCUCGUCUCUGCAGCCUGUUUUUCAGACACAGACUCAAGUGUUGGAGUGCACUGUACAGGUGAAGAGGGAACUAGUUUACAACGGUCAUUUGAAAGGGAGGUGUCUGUAAAGAAGCUGCUAGGCAGUGGGGUGUCUGUAAACCAGCCUGCUUCUCCAAAUGGACAGACCUUGCUUGCCAGUGCAGCCUACGAGGGUUCUGCAAAUGUAGCCGAACUUCUCCUGUCAUACGGAUCUGAUCCUCUGGUCAGUGAUCAUCAGGGUCAAACACCACUGACUUUGGCUUCUAGGCAGGGUCAUGUCAAAGUGUUGUCUGUGCUCCUGAAGUGGACCAAGAGCCAGGAACCAGAAACUGCAGUGCAGAUGAUGGAGCAUGUUGACAAUGAAGGCUGGACAGCACUGCGCUCUGCAGCUUGGGGAGGACACAGUGAGGCUGUCCGGCUUCUACUGGACGCAGGAGCAGAUGUGGAUGGAUGUGACUCUGAGGGCCGUACUGCUCUCAGGGCUGCUGCGUGGGGGGGCCAUGAGGAAAUUGUUCUGACCCUUUUGAACUAUGGGGCACAAGUUGACAAAGCUGACAGCAAGGGCCGCACACCUCUUAUUGCUGCUGCCUACAUGGGACAUCAUGAAGCUGUGGAAAUACUGCUGGACCACAAUGCAGACGUUAACUUAGCUGAUGGGGAUGGGCGCACUGCUCUGUCAGUUGCUGCCCUCUGUGUCCCUACAGCAGCAGGAGUCAAAGGUUACGGUGAGGUAGCGAGUCUGUUACUGGAACGUGGAGCAGAUCCAGGACACAGAGACCACGAUGGAAUGACACCAUUGCUUCUUGCAGCCUAUGAGGGCCAUGACGACGUUGUUGAGCUUCUGUUAGAAGCUGGUGCUGAUGUAGAUGAGACUGCUGGCCCUGAUGGUAACAUCCCUGCCGCAGCUGCUGUUACUCCCCUGCUAGCAGCUGCAGCAAUGGGCCACAUGAAGACAGUGUCACGGCUGCUUUUCUGGGGAGCAGCUGUGGACGCCAUUGACUGUGAAGGCAGGACGGCGCUCUGCCUUGCAGCAGCAAGAGGCAGCAUUGAUGUUGUCCGCGCUCUGCUGGAACGAGGCCUGGACGAGAACCACAAAGAUGACCUCGGCUGGACUCCGCUGCACGCUGCUGCUUGUGAAGGCCAUCGGGGUGUGUGCGCUGCUUUGACAGAACGAGGCAGCAUGGCACGUGUCGGAGAGAUGGACAUUGAAGGGCGGACCCCUCUUAUACUGGCUGCCCAGGAAGGUCAUUGGAGCACUGUCAGGCUGUUGUUGGACAGACGUUCUCCCAUUGACCACAGGUCGUAUGAUGGACAUUCUGCCUUGAGUGCAGCCCUCCUGGAGGGCCAUGCAGAGGUUGCAGAGCUGCUUAUGAGGCGAGGGGCAGAUACUGAUGUCCGGGACGCAGAAGGGAGGCCUCUGCUCUACCUCCUGGUAUUAGAGAAUCGUCUUGAAAAGGCCACUCUCCUCAUAGAGAAAGGAGGGGUGCCUCUGGAGUCACGAGACUCUGAGGGCCGUACAGCACUUCAUGUGGCUUCGUGGCAGGGGUUAAUGGAAAUGGUAGAUCUACUCUUAAAGCAUGGGGCAAACGCCAAUGCACAGGAUGCGGAGGGGAGACCGCCAUUGCAUUCAGUGGCUUGGACAGGACAUGCUGAAGUAGGACGCCGUCUCCUUGAAACAAGUGGUAUCAGUAUAGAUCUAGCUUGUCACCAGAGGGCAACAGCUCUGAGCAUUGCUGCCCAGGAGGGACAUGCAAACAUUGUUGCAAUGCUUCUGGAAAGAGGUGCGAAUCCCAAUCACAUGGAUAAAUAUGGCCGUAGUCCAGUUAAAGUGGCUGCGAAACACGGACACUUUAACAUUGUCAGGCUCUUGGAGAGCUACGGAGCCAAGCCAUAUGUAGGCCUGUUGCCUAACUCUAGAACUGUCUCUCCUGUAAAACCUAACAAGAUCCUCUCCUCAAGCAUCUUGGAGAGCAAUGGAGGUGACGCAACAGCCACUACCUCCUCCUCUUCAGUAUCGUCUCCCGGCUCCACUGCAGAACGGUUCCACUCGAUGCAGAGCUCCCAGACCUCCUCUACCUGCCACUCGCUGGCCACGGUCCAGACAGUGCCAGCUGACAGCCUCAGCUUUAUUCAGCAGAUCCAACAGCACUCACUGCCACGCAGUCGUAGUCGCCCCUCCACCCUCCCCCCACCAGGGAGCUCAGGCAUGGGCAGCCUCCAUGGGAGCAACCGGAGGCAUCCCAAAGGCAGCCCUCCUCCCACUGUUUGCACAGUUGCUGCCAUGGUGCACAACUGCGAACUGCCUCAGAAAGACUUGUCGUCUGGACAUGAACAUCACGACAAAAUGAACAAACAAAACUUAAUAAAAGCAGACAGGACUACUUACGCUGGUGGUAAAUGGAACUCAGUCAUGGCCUCCCUUGGCAUAAUGCCAGGGCAAGACAGCCCUGCAGUAGGUGCUAAAAACAGAGACAGUCCUCCUCUGGGUUAUCCAUAUAGACUACAGAGCCCACUACAAGGGGAUGUUUGGGAUUCUCAUCCCCAGAAGACUAUUUUGUCACCUGCUUGCUACAGUUUUUCCCCAGUCGCACCUUGUAGUGCCUUGCCAGAGGAUGUUAUGGUCACUAUGACAACCACAGACCCGCAGCUUAAUCUGAAACAGGCCAUUAAACUGCAGUUUGAGGGUCCCACUAGCGCAGCCUUAUACAAGAGAGAGACACCUCUGUGACUGGUGCUCCAGUACACAACCAAAGUUAGUUACUGCUACACUUUCUUCACAGACCUUUUACUUUGUGUGUGGGUUUAGUGCUAGAACAAUUAGUUCAUCAACAGUAAAUGCAAAGGAGGCAAUUUAUCAAGCAAACUGCCAAAUACUCUCUGGUUCCAGCAUCUCCAGUGUGAGGAUUUACUGCUUCUCUUUGUUUUAACACAUCUUAAACUAAUAUAUUAGGGUUUAGUCUAGGUGUGUUAGUUUUGGUUCAUUUUGCUUUCGAUUGCCAGAAGCCCAUUAACCAGAAACUAACAGGUUAAUUUUUAAGAAAUUGACGCAUAUGGUGUGAAGAAACCUUUCUUUUUUGCCUGGAUUUAUACUUGUACGUCAGCUCUGUGCAGAGCCUAUCCUGCAGCCUACGUGCGUAGACUGCAGGAUAGGCACAUUUAUACUUGUGCAGUGGUGUGUCUGUGUCACUCUGCAGUUACACCUCCAAAACACUAGUCAGUCGGGGUUUCUGUGAAGUGCUUUAAAGUUUAGUUGUUGCAAAACACACAGUAAACACACAUUAAACAUGGCUUAAUAGAGACAAUUUCAGACACAAGUACACAAAUCAGCUUCACUAUAACUCGCAGCAUUCACAGACAAAGCACUUGACAUUUGCUGGACACAUUUCCCCCACCAAUACAACAUGCUAAUGUUAUUAGCACAAGGCUAUGGCAUUUUACAUUGUAUAAAUUAGCUUAGCUGCUAGCGGACUUUUCCUCUACUCCUAUGAAGCCAGGGACAACAGCAACAUUUAACAAAGGUAACGUCACAAAAUUUGGCUCCAUUACAACUCACAGGGUUCACUGAUAAAAACAACUUUCUCAUACUAAACACAUUUUCCAAACAAAUAUUACAUGCUAACGUUAUUAGCACAAGCCCAUGACAUUUUACAUUGUAUUUAGCCUAACGACAAGCUAAGAUUACCUCUACAGCGUACAGUGUAGGUUGCAUCGAUGCAGACCUAUGCCGUAGGUACGGCAUUGAUUCGACGCUUAAGUAUAAAUCCAGCAUUAGUCUGGCACUCCAUUGACUCAGUGAGUUCAAGCACCACAUUUCAAAGUUCCAUCCAUCUAGAGGUUGUGAAAUUUUAAUGUUUUGUGAUUAAAAUGUCUUGCCUUUUAUUUUCUGUUGGCUUUGCUGACAGACAGCUGGCUAGCUGCGUUAACAUGCAGAAACAUAGUGGUCACUGCCCACUGCUGGUCUCCUCUUGUGAGCUAAGGUUAACCAUUAAUCAAUUAACCACUUAGAAUAUUUAUGAGCGGUUACGCAUGUCUGUCUAUAGGUUUAUUUUGCUGCUUUUUAGUUUACCGCACUAUGAACCACCCAGGUUUGCAUGGAGCUCCUGGCGCUGCCCAUUCUGCGUUUACCACUAGUAGCACGGUCUCGAUCCCAGAGCGUUGCUGUGGAUGCAUGGUAGUCACCCCCCGGUCUCCACAUAGGUAGCCCUGAUGAGUAAGUGGCUUAUAUGUUGAGCCACAAAACCACUUUAGCAUUGUUAACUAUGUUAGCACUACUAGCUUUACUGACACUGCUAACAGUGCAAAGAGAGCUAACAGUGAUAACAGUGCUGAAGGAUGUUUGCGGCUCGAAAGUGUGUGUGAAGCUACCUGGGGACAGACAAGAGGGUGGACGCAGUGCUUCAGCAGCAAUGCUGUUUGGUCGGCAGUUAAUUCCCAGCACACCCUUGUGGUGUGCACUACAGUAAACUAAAGGGCAGCAAAAUUAACCUAUGGACUGACUGCAUUACUGGUUUGGUCAUUUUGUUAUUUUGAAAAAAUAAUUGACAGAUCAGUUGAUACUGGAAAUAAUCCUUAGCUGCAGCUGCAGUGUGAGAAUUUACAGUUAGUUUUUUUGGUGCAAAAACAAAAAUAGUUGUGUCUGUUGGUGUACAUUCAGAGCAUUCACAGAAAUUGAAAUUCUGAUGACACCAUCUUGUUUUAGGUGGAGUUGGACAUGUUUGCAGUUCAAAGAGAAGGCAGUUUUCACUGUGUACAAUGACUUUCUGAGUUCAGACGAGGGAGGAAGCGAUCUCUCUCUCCACCCUCCUUCAGAAAACCAGGGGAAGAACAAACUGACAUCAAAGCUGACAUUCCUGCCUUUCCGUUGCCUGUUGUGUGUGCUGAGCAGGGCUCUCACAGACAAGAUCAUUUUAAGUGUAAAGCAUAACUGUGUUCCUUUUCAGCGUGGACCUGAUUUAACUCUCCCUAUUUUGGAACACUGGUGUCUAAGUUUGGUUAUGUUUUAAAUUAUUUCUUUGCUAGUAAAGAUCUCUUUUUCUAAAUGGUAAACAUUCUUGUUUAAGAGCUUUAAGCUUGUGGCCUUGAUCUUUAUUGAAGCCUUUGAUAUUUACUAUAAACUGGCAUACACUCCCCCCCUCCAGCGGUCCGUUGCAGACAACCAAACACUGUUUGUAGAAAAGCAAGCUCACCAAAGCCUGACCCGGUGCGGGGUUUAUGAUACAAACUAUAAAAGACAGCCAAGUGUACUGAACCAACUUGGCUGUCUCACAGUGUGAGUCUGUGAGCAAGCAGGAAGGAAAAGUGAAAAUUGGACCAUAAAAACUGAGGGUGGAUGUGGGAGGAUUGUUAAUUCCAAACUUGUGUGUGGCCUAAAGAAAUUUCUAGUUCUUUAUCAUUUUGCAUUGGAUUAAUAUUUAAUCACAUCCAUUCAUUAAAGUGGCAAACGAUGCCAUAAAACUGUC